AUGAAUAAAGAUAAAAUAUAUAAAACUUGCUGUUUAUUUUGGUGUGAAAUUGAUAGAGACAGUCCCAAAGAAAAAGAAUCUCUACGUUUCAGAAGAUUUAGAAUGUUUUGUCUCUUCAUUGUGUAUUGCUUAAUUAUAGCUUACAUUAUUAACUACCUCCUUAGUUUUUCUGGUCCUUCAACACUACAAAUGUCAAGAUCAAUUGCUGAUGUACCUGUUCCUCUUGAUUCAAUUGAUACAUCUGAUACAUCUGUUACAUCUGAUUGUAGUCAAAAUAUCCAAAAUUACACAGAUUACUUCGUUUAUCUUAGCAAUACUUCAUUUUCGAGUUUAUCGACUGUUGGGUUUGAAAUUUACACAGUUGAUUUAAGUAACUCUUCUUAUCCAAUCGUAAUUCUACUUGAUUCAGCGACAUAUACGCAAUUUGGUGAUUAUUUUACUGGUGGUAGCAUAAGUACAAAAGGCUCAAAGACCACAAGUAAUAUUCAAGACAAACUUUCUUCAAUAGUAUUUGAAAAUUUUUACACACUUUCGCCAUUUCAAUAUAAUUAUAUAUUUUUAGAGCGCAUUCUAUAUUCAGAUCUCGACACUUCUUUAGAUAAAGCUAGGUUUACUAAAGUUGUCAGUAAAUCUUCCAAACAUAGAGUUAAAUAUUUUGGAUUGUCAACUAAGAUAUUUUCGCUUGGACAAUAUAGUAAUGCUGAUUUUCCGAAUGUAACUAUACCAUAUACUACCUUACAAAUUUCUAAUAUGUCAUCAAUUUUGACUACUUAUACGCAAGUAAACAAAGUGAGCUCGACCACUGUUAUUGGCUUCCUAACUGGACUUGGUGGUGCAACUGCUUUCCUUUUGGUUAUAUAUAAAUUCCUUUUCGGCGGCUACAAGCCACCGGGCUUAUUAAAACCAUUCUUACCUGAAGAAUGGACUACAAUGUCUGCGGCUUCGGAUGAAGAGGCUCCGAAUACAAAGACUACGACAGAUAGCAAAGGAUAG